AUGAGUGAAGAGGAAAAAAAAUCAGAAGAUGAUAUUGAUGAAGAUGAAGAAGAAACCAUCACAGCUGUAGCCCCAGCAGUAAUCCUUCAAGAGGAAGAACCUGCAGAUGUGACUACAAGUCCUGCUUUUCAGUGCCUGGAUGAAUUGUUUUCUGCUGGAAAAAUUGCAGGAACUCAAAUUGGUCAUUUGAAAUCCAAAUACAUUCUAUUGCAUGAAGCUUUACGAAGGACGCAGGAGUCUGAGGUCAAUUUAUUACAGGAUGCCAAGUUGUUUACUGCUGAAUUGGAGCGCCAAAGGCAAGAGUUGGAAAAAGCUGAUCAGUUUCCUGACAGCUACGAUACAGAGGUCAACAAACUAAGACAGCAGCUGCUUCAUUGUCAGAAUGAAUUGAACCAGACAGAAGAGCGUAUUUCUCGGCAGAAACACAGAACUGUAUAUUUGCAAGAAGAAUUGGAAAUGUUUAAAAAAGACUUUGAGAGACUACCGAAAGCUGCAGAUUUUGAAAGGAAGACAAAAGCAUUGAGAGAAGGUUGUAUUGAGCUAAGUCGAGAGAUUACACAUAGAAAACGUGAAAUCAAAACAACAAAAGAAGAGUUGGAAAGCAAAAUAGAAGAAGUGAAAAAUAUGCAACAAGAACUGGAAAAGAAGCAAGAGAAUGAAGAACACCUCAAACUUGAUCUGGUCCAAUUGCACACUGUUCCUGUUCAACUGGCCAAAGAUAUACAGAAGUUGAAUCGCAAAAGAAACAAUCUGGAGAAGACAAAAGCUGAAAUAGAUGCACAAUACAACGAACUUCUUGGUUCAGUACAACAAAUAGAAAAUAAAUGCAGAAUGGUCGAAGAUGAGAAAUUGGAGGUAAUGAAGGAGUUGGAUGAAAAAAGGGCUUUACUGGACAGUAAAGAGCAAGAACACAACCAGCUAGUUAAGACUGUUGAGUUGGGCAGAGAAAAUGAAUCUACGUUAAUGGGACAAAGAGCUUCCCUGGAUUUGCAUCUACGUUACAUCCAAACUGAAAAGAAAAUACUGUCUGAUACAGUGGUGGUGAAACAAAGAGAGAAGGAUCGAGAGCUGCGAAAGACAAAGAAAAAGGAAAAACAGCUGAAGUCAUCAAUGGAUGCACUGGCAUAUGCUGAAUUUAGCUAUGAAAAAAUUAAAGCACAGGUAGAAUCUUUUCCGAUUGGUGGAGCAUUUUUGGAAAGGAGGAAUGAAUUAGAAAAUGAGGUUAAAAGUUUAAAAAGAAAAGUAGCAGACCAGCUUUCUUUGACGGAGGUAGAGGUUAAUUUAUUGCGUAAACGGAUGCUUGAAGAAGAUAAUCUCAUCUCAGAACAAAGACGUGCACGUGAAGAGGUUAUAAAUCUAACCCGGCUUGCCCAGAUCAGGUCUGAUGAGAAAGAUCAGAAAGCAAGGGAUCUAAUGAAUAUGCAGCAUAAGCGUGAACGAACUAUAGAAGAGCUGAAAGAGGAGAAACUAACCUUACAGAAUUCUGAAAAGAAGCAUAGACAUAUGCUGGUUAGCCUAAAGAAUUUUGUCAAAGUAUACCAGACCAUCAAAAAUGAAAGAAAUAAAUAUGUUAAUCUCAUACAAAGUGCAGCACAGAUAUCUGCAGAAAUGCGAGAAAAGAUAAAAAUUCUACAGAACGAAAUGGAAAUUCUCAGGACUACUACACUGCUCAAAGAUAGCCAGCUUCAAAAAUACAAGUUAAAGCAUUCUAACAGCCAUGUCAUCAGAGAUAGCCUGCGGAGAGCAAUAUGCAAAAUCGACCAGGUUCUUCGAGAAUUGGGAGAAAAGAGAGAAGGCCAAAAGAUAAAAAUUGUUAAACUUAGUUCUCUGAUUAACCAGGCUGAAGAGGAAAUGAUACAGCUCCGCAAAAAAUACGAGAAUGUCGUUCAGGUUCGCAAUGAAAGGGGAAUACAUUUGAUUGAAAGAGAAGAGGAAGUUUGCAUUUUCUAUGAGAAACUAAGCAUUCAGGACUCAUUGAUUAGUAAUGGAGAUGUGGAAUUACACAGUAUGGAGGACGAAAUAAGAUUCUUGAAUAUUCUACUGAAAGAGGAAAACAGACAGAUUGAAAAAGUUCGCAAAGAUGUGCCAAGUAAACAUGAAAUGGAGUCAAAUUUGAUCACUUUACAGAAAGAGCUUGCACAAUAUCAGGACAAGGUCCAAAGUCUUGAGAAGACCUUAGUGGACCCCUCAUGUGAGAACAGAUCACGAUUACUGGGAGGAGAUGAUCCAUCAUUUGAAGAACUGAGUAAAAGAAUAGAAGAGAUGGACUUAAAACUAGUGAGAAAAGAGGAACAAUUAUUGGAAAAGGAUCUUAUCACUGAUCAGGUGACACGCCUUUCUGAACGAAUUAAUGCUAAAGCAAUAAAUGGUAAACAAGACACACUGACCUUAGCCAAAAAGGUGAAUGAAAUGCAAGGAAAGGUCAAAGAUGUUACACGAAAGAUGAUGGCCGUGGUUUCUGAGCUGUCCAUGCAACAGGCCAAUGCCAUGCAACUCCAACAGGAUGUCAGGGAUAAGCAGCAGUUUCUGGAAUCAUGUUGCCAACGGAUGGAGCAGGGAAUGGCACCCAGUGAAGAAUUUGAAUCUGACUGGCUAAAACUAGUGGAUAAAGAAAAUAGACACAAAAGAGAGAUGGAGAUGAAAAACAAGGAAACUGAAGAGGAAGAAAAGCAUUUAUUGCCCGGUGGAGUAUUUACAACAGCUGAGCCGAGGCCGAAUGCAUAUAUCCCAGAUGGUGAUUCUGGAUUACCUAUUCCACGACCUUAUGGAAAAAUGGUUCCAUUUAAACCCAGUGAGCCCAGUGCACACAUGCGACAUUAUAGAAAACCAGUCAUUAAGCCAAUUGAAAUAUAAUGAUAUGACAACUAUAUUCUAAAACAUUACCACAUUAUACUCCAGAAUUCACCCACAAAGGAGACAUUUUCUUUGGUGAUAAUAAGACAGCUAGAAGGAUAAAUUGUUUACAAAUUGUUACUUUUUAAAAGUUAUAGAUCUUGAUUUGUUAAUGUAUAACUUUCGUUUAACAGUUUUAUUUUGACAGAUUUACAUAUGCAGACCAGUUUGUAUUGACUAAACUCUGACACC